ACUGGAAGACAGGAAGAAAAUUCAGCGACUCCUUGCUUUAGUGGGACCAGAUGCUGGAGAUGUUACGUACUUCCACCGAGAACCCCCGCACAAGGUUACUGUUCCACAGCGGAAAGUUGCACCCAGUGAUCCACACAGGCGUACCGAAGCACAAGCAUCUAAAAGUGGUCACAGAAAGGGGAGUGCAAAAUCAAUGGGAAAGGAACAGCCAUCCAGUCCUGAAUCACAGCAGAAAGAUAACCAAAUCCUUUUGCUUCAGGUGGAAGCAUUGCAGGCACAGCUUGAAGAGCAAACUCGCUUAGCAAAGGAGCAGACAGAAGCACUUCUGGAAGACAGGCGAAUUCGUAUGGAAGAACUACAAGUACAGCACCAGCGAGAUCAGGACAAAAUAAAAGCCCUAACUGAAAAGUUGCACAAAACACAGAACUUGCUGUAUGAGAGUACUAAAGACUUUCUGCAUCUUAAAUUUGAUGGCCGAAGCAAUGAGAAAGCAUGGAUGGCAGAAAAAGACCGUCUCUUGAGAGAGCUGGAUGCAUGUCGGGAGCAGCUGAGUGUGCACCAAGGGUGUGAUUGGAAUGGUGUCCAUGUCCCCUUGGUAGAGCAUGAAACAAGGCAAAUUCACAGUGAAGAGAUCAAGUCACUGGAAGACCAGCUGAAACAGGCACAUCGUAUGGCAGAUAUGUACCGAGAGCAGUGCGUUGCCCUAGAGGAUGAGUUGGCACGGUUACGUGAGGAAGGAGAUGUGGGUCGUGAACUCUUUAAGGAACGCUCAGACAAAAUUGCAAAGCGUCUGCAGCUGAUGACCCAGCGGUAUGAGGCUUUGGAAAAACGUAGAGCAAUGGAGGUAGAGGGAUUUAAAACUGAUAUCAAGCACCUUCGGCAACGACUUAAAGAUGUAGAGAAACAGCUUCUCAGGGUGACUCUUAAUAUUGGACCAGAUCAAGACCUGGCAAUUCUGCAUGAAGUUCGGCAGACAAAUUCACGGACCCACAAAAUUCAAGGAGAGCUGAGGAACCUGAAAGCAAAAAUAUAUGGCCUAGAAAAUGAGCUAAGAUUCUGUUAAAAGUUUCCUUGGGCAGAGCAUAUUCUAGGAAUGUCUUCAGUGGUGAGCUUUUUGGAUUGAAUUAAACUGCUCAUCUCCACAGAUGCUUUCUUGACUGAGGUGUGGUUCAUUAAAAUUAGGAGAACACUACUUCCAUUCACUGUCCGUACACAGUGCUAUGAAAAAUUUUCAGAUUUCGAUAUGAGCAACCAGGAUUAAAUUGGAGAUGCUUCUGCAAUCAAAUAAUCAAUUGUUCUGGUCCUCAGUAGGUUACAGCUCAACCUUUUAAUGGAAGUGUUUGAUUAAAGUGAACAUUUGCUGUGCAUGAGCAGGAAAGAUCACAAAACACAAAGAAGGCCAUUUUAGUCCUUGCUACUAGUGUUGUGUUGUGGCAGCGGAAUUUGAAAAGCACCAUGCAGUUUUAGUUUACAGUGAAAUUUUCAUAAUUUGUUUUUGAACAUUUGCAUUCUGAAAUAACUGAGAAGCAAAAGUCAUAAUUUUAUUCCAUUAAAAAUUAUAAACUUUGA